ACUAGGCCAACUUGCUUCGAAUCCUCUUGAGGUUCUCUUACUUCAAUCUCCUCCAUUUUAUCUGAGUCAAUAAGAUUUCUGAAGCUGGAGUUUUGUAUUUUCUAUCUGCAGAUUAUCAUACUGGGAGAAAUUUGUGGCUUCACAUAAUUGGUUACAAACAUUGUUAUUUCAGUGUCAAUAUUCUUAAACUCAUCAUGAGUCUCAUUCGUGGGUCUUUUAUCCUAUGGAUUACCAUGAUUUUUUUUAUCCAUAAUUUGUGUAAUGUGGAAGGAAGAUACCACCAUCACAAGAAGCAGAAUAAAACUUCACCUGCUCUUGAGCCUCCUUCUAAUUCCCCUUCACCCCCUUCAAAUUCUCCUAGUGUCCCCUCUGAUCCAUAUCCAAAUGAUCCUGGGGACUCCCCUUCAAACUGCAUUUUUGACGUAAGAUCCUUUGGAGCAAUUGGAGAUGGUUCAGCUGAUGACACAGCUGCAUUCAGGGAAGCAUGGAAAGCAGCUUGUGAAGUAGAAUCUGGGGUUGUUCUAGCUCCAGAAAAUUACUGUUUUAAGAUCACUUCAACUAUUUUUUCAGGUCCAUGCAAGCCAGGACUAGUAUUUCAAGUGGAUGGUACUCUCAUGCCACCAGAUGGACCAGAUUCUUGGCCUGAGACAGAUAGCAAAAAUCAAUGGCUAGUGUUUUAUCGACUUAAUCAAAUGACCCUUAAUGGGACAGGAAUCAUAGAAGGCAAUGGGGAACAGUGGUGGGAUAUGCCUUGCAAACCUCACAGGGGUCCCAAUGGAAAAACUGUAUCAGGAUCAUGUGAAAGCCCAGCAAUGAUACGGUUCUUCAUGAGUUCCAAUUUGGUGCUGAGUGGGCUAAAAAUUCAAAACAGUCCUCAGUUCCACGUGAAAUUCGAUGGUUGCCAAGGUGUAAUGAUCGAUAAGUUGUCCAUUUAUUCGCCUAAACUCAGUCCCAACACUGAUGGAAUCCACUUACGAGACACGAGGGGUGUUGGGAUAUAUAACACUAUGAUAAGCAAUGGUGAUGAUUGCAUUUCCAUUGGACCCGGGUGCUCAGAUGUGGACAUACAAGGUGUAACUUGUGCUCCUUCCCACGGGAUUAGCAUUGGAAGCCUUGGAGUACACAAUUCCCAGGCAUGUGUCUCUAACUUAACUGUUCGUAACACUAACAUAAGGGAAUCAGACAAUGGAAUCAGGAUUAAGACAUGGCAAGGUGGUACAGGCUCAGUGACAGGCUUGAAAUUUGAGAACAUCCAAAUGGAGAAUGUCAGGAACUGCAUCAUUAUAGACCAGUACUACUGUUUGUCCAAGGAGUGUCUGAAUCAAACUUCAGCAGUACAUGUAAACGAUGUGUUAUACAAUAACAUAAAGGGUACUUAUGAUGUGAGAACCCCUCCUAUACACUUUGCUUGCAGUGACACUGUUGCCUGCACAAACAUAACACUCUCUGAGGUUGAACUUUUUCCACAUGAAGGGGAAUUACUUGAUAACCCUUUUUGCUGGAAUGCUUAUGGAACUCAGGAGACCAUGACUAUACCUCCAAUUGAUUGCUUAAGAGAAGGUGUGCCUGACACUGUGGUAGACCUCUCUGCAUAUGAAUGCAGUUAACAUAUUACUUUAAAUUGUGGUUGCUUAUAUUGUUAUAUGGAAGUCAUAUUAUAUAGUACUUGUAUAGAGCCUAAUUACUAUGGGUUAUGAUUGUGGUCUUAUGUUUGUUACUUAGGAUUCAUCCCUAUUUGGGGUAUACCCGUAGUGUGUGAUGAGUUAUGAGAUAUAGAAUUUAGAGGGUGUAUUGGAUUGAGAUU